GCUCUAGCCACCACAAUGACGCAAGCAGUGACCAAUGAAACAUACAACUAUUGCUACGAUGAAGAGGAGUAUAUGAAUCAAGAGGAAGAAUGGGAUCGGGACAUGCUUUUGGAUCCAGCAUGGGAAAAGCAGCAGAGAAAGACAUUUACAGCCUGGUGCAAUUCACAUCUAAGGAAAGCAGGAACAAUGAUUGAGAACAUUGAAGAAGAUUUCAGAAAUGGCCUAAAGCUGAUGCUUCUUUUAGAAGUAAUAUCAGGGGAGCGGCUGCCGAAACCAGACAGAGGAAAGAUGCGUUUCCAUAAAAUUGCCAAUGUCAACAAAGCUUUGGACUUCAUUGCCAGCAAAGGAGUAAAACUAGUAUCAAUUGGAGCAGAAGAAAUUGUUGAUGGGAAUGUAAAGAUGACACUGGGCAUGAUCUGGACCAUAAUCCUUCGCUUUGCUAUUCAGGACAUAUCUGUAGAAGAAACCUCUGCCAAAGAAGGUUUGCUAUUAUGGUGCCAGCGGAAGACUGCUCCGUAUCGCAAUGUGAACAUUCAGAAUUUCCACACAAGCUGGAAAGAUGGUCUUGGGCUGUGUGCCCUUAUUCACAGACAUCGGCCUGACCUCAUUGACUACUCCAAACUAAAUAAGGAUGAUGCUGUUGGGAACAUUAACCUAGCUAUGGAUGUGGCAGAAAAAUACCUGGAUAUUCCGAAGAUGUUGGAUGCAGAAGAUAUUGUCAGUACUGCCAAACCAGAUGAAAGAGCUAUUAUGACUUAUGUGUCGUGCUUUUACCAUGCAUUCGCUGGAGCUGAACAGGCAGAAACAGCUGCUAAUCGAAUCUGUAAAGUCCUGGCCGUGAAUCAAGAAAAUGAAAGAAUGAUGGAAGAGUAUGAGCGACUUGCAAGUGAGCUACUAGAAUGGAUUCGACGGACUAUUCCCUGGUUGGAAAACCGCACAUCCGAGAAGACCAUGCAAGCCAUGCUGAAGAAACUGGAGGAUUUCAGAGAUUAUCGUCGCAAACACAAGCCACCAAGGGUGCAGGAGAAAUGUCAGCUAGAGAUCAACUUUAAUACCUUACAGACAAAACUAAGGAUAAGCAACAGACCAGCAUUCAUGCCAUCCGAGGGAAAGAUGGUUUCCGAUAUUGCAAAUGCCUGGCAAAGGCUGGAGCAGGGUGAAAAGGGAUAUGAAGAGUGGCUGCUGACUGAGCUGAGACGACUUGAAAGAGUGGAACACUUGGCUGAAAAAUUUAGGCAAAAAGCCUCUUUGCAUGAAUCCUGGACUGCUGGGAAAGAGCAACUGCUGUUACAGAAGGACUAUGAGACGGCAUCUCUAACAGAAGUGCGCGCCCUGCUGAGGAAACAUGAGGCGUUUGAGAGCGAGCUGGCUGCACGCCAGGACCGGGUAGAACAGAUUGCUGCCAUUGCACAGGAGCUCAAUGAGCUUGAUUAUUAUGAUGCAGCUAGAAUUAAUGAACGAUGUCAGAAGAUUUGUGACCAAUGGGAUCGCCUCGGAACCUUAACACAGAAAAGAAGGGAAGCCCUUGAGCGAACUGAGAAGCUCUUAGAGACAGUUGACCAACUGCAUUUAGAAUUCAUUAAGAGAGCUGGACCUUUUAACAUCUGGAUGGAGGGAGCGAUGGAAGAUCUACAGGACAUGUUCAUUGUGCACAAUGUGGAAGAAAUUCAGAAAUUGAUCACAGCCCAUGAACAAUUUAAAGCCACACUGCCCGAAGCAGACAGUGAACGACAGGCUAUACUGGGCAUCCAAAAUGAAGUGGAAAAAGUGAUUCAGAGCUAUAACAUAAAGAUAUCUUCUCACAAUCCUUACAGCUCCAUCACACUGGAUGAGAUUCGUACCAAGUGGGAAAAGGUGAAACAGCUGGUGCCCAUAAGAGAUCAGACAUUACAAGAAGAGUUGGCGCGUCAACAGAAUAAUGAACGUUUGCGCAGACAGUUUGCUGGACAAGCCAAUGUUAUAGGCCCUUGGAUACAAAAACAGAUGGAGGAAAUUGGACGCAGCUGCAUUGACUUUACAGGCACCCUGGAAGAUCAGAUGAACAGUCUGAAGAUGCUUGAACACAACAUUGUAAAUUACAAGCACAAUGUAGACAAGCUGGAAGGUGAUCACCAGAUGAUCCAGGAAUCCCUCAUAUUUGAUAACAAGCACACCAAUUAUUCCAUGGAGCACAUCCGUGUGGGCUGGGAGCUAAUGCUAACUACAGUAGCUAGAACCAUCAACGAGGUUGAAACCCAGAUCCUUACACGUGAUGCUAAAGGUAUCACCCAGGAGCAAAUCAAUGUAUUCCGGUCUUCAUUUAACCACUUUGACAAGAAGAAGAAUGGACUGAUGGAACAUGAUGACUUCAGAGCGUGUUUAAUUUCAAUGGGUUAUGAUCUGGGAGAAGCAGAAUUUGCUCGGAUUAUGGCACUUGUGGAUCCCAGUGGAAUAGGAACCAUCUCUUUUCAGUCUUUUAUUGAUUUCAUGACCAGGGAGACUGCAGAAACGGACACCUCCGAGCAGGUUAUUGCUGCCUUCAGGAUCCUUGCUGCUGACAAGCCCUAUAUAUUACCAGAAGAACUCCGCAGGGAACUCCCUCCGGAACAAGCUCAAUACUGCUUAUCCAAAAUGCCCACUUACACCGGCCCUGGGGCUGUCCCUGGAGCACUUGACUUUACAUGUUUUUCCUCAGCGUUAUAUGGAGAAAGUGAUCUGUAGCUGGCCCUUGAGUAACAAAGAAUAGAGAAUAAAGCUUACAGGCAUGCAUUGAGCCCUGCCUGACAUGUGCUUUACAAAUAUUAGAACUUAGAGGUGCUGUGACACAAUCAUUCUUUGAUUAAAUUUAUAUCUAAAGCAAUCACUAUCUAAAGAAGUACUUUUGUUUUUAUUUAUGGUUUUCUUUUCCAUAGAAAGAAUUGCUAAAAUUAAAAUUUAAAACUUUUGUUGAUGUUUUCUGUCUUACUGUCUAUCCAGGUGAAGUUUUAAUAUGCAUAAUAAAGGCACCACAGCCAACCAUGGGUAAUCUUGUACCAUAUCUCCUUAGGUUACACACAAAACUAGAUGAGGCUUUGGGCACAAUACAGGCCCUGUGUGUUCGCUCUCAGUCCUGACCUGAUGUUCAAAGUUGAAACCAGUUAAAACGUUUAUUGCUAUGGCCAGGAGCAGGGGUGCAAGUGCUUCCUAGAUGAGCACUAAGGGCACACACUUGCAACCCCCAGGGCCUAUUACGUUAUAGGUUUCUGUACCAGCCCAAGGUGACCACAUCCUUUUAGCAGGGAAGAUCUGUGCCUCAAAAACCCUCCCAGUAGCCCCCCAUCUUCUCUUCUGCUGAUUCACUGCCCAUGCUCUGUGCUGCUGAGCUUAGGGACCGACACACAAAAUAUGUUUAUAGAGAAUAUAAAAGUUACAAUAUAAGGCUGAUAAGUAAUUAAUUUGGAGUCUCAUUAAAUGGCAUGAAAACCAGUGCAAUUUGUAUUACAAUUAAAUAAUCAGCCCUGUAGCAUCAGCUUAUAUUACAGGCCGUCAUUUUCUGUUUGAUAAUUCAUGAUAUCCCCUCAGCUUAUCACCAGCUGCUCAGAGAACACUGAGCAUGAUUAGUGUUACUGACACUUCUAACAAAAGAAGUUUAUCAACAAUGGUCUGAAUUAUUACUGGUAUACAGAUGAUGACACAGUAAGUUUCGUAAAUAAAAAAUGGCAUUUGUGCACACAUUAGCAGAAGUUGCUACUGGACACUGCUACAGAUACAGCUUUCUCUUGCAGUAACAGGCAGCAUGUGUUCUAAAUGUAUUGAGCUCUAUUAGAGUACUUGCUAAAAAAUCCUGGGGUUUUUGUUCCUUUACACCAAAAUCCUAGUCAGAAGCCUUAGAAGUAGAAGCCUUCGGAGACCCCCCCUCCAGGUGGUGGUAUAUUGUAUCGCCCAUGCAGAGAGAAGGGUGCAUAGAUAAUGAUUUAUGUUACACUACUGAAAUGCAAGAGUGGAUGCAAUCAACACAGUAGAUUAUGGUUAUGAAAAAGGAGCCAUCUCUGUUGUACAUCAGCAUCUCCAUCCUUAGAGAACGCAUAUUGACUUAGUACAUGCUUGUUGCAGUGUUUUCUGGGACUCCAUGGGGAUCAUAUUGAUUUAAUAAAGUUCCCUUCUUGAAA